CCUCAACAUAAUUUGUUCAUAUUAAUUUAUAUUGUGAUAUAAUUUAGCUCCGCCUAGAAUUGAUAUUCAAUAUUAAAUUUUUUUAAUACUUUCGCCAUCUACCGCAUAUGUACUAUAGCAUAAAUGAGGGAAAUAAGAAAUCUCUAUUCUUUAGUGAAUCCAAUUUUUGGUCAACAUAUUUAACUAUCUUUAAAUCUGCUGCCAGCAAUGUCAACCUAUUUCAAAUAUGUGUGUAAUGUCAGGAUGUAUGACUUGUUACGAGUAUUGUUUUUAACUAAAUUUAAACGGAUGUUCAAAUAGUUACCGAUUUUAAUUUAAAAUGUAAAAGUGUGUUUUAGAAAAUUUUGAUUUUUUUUUCGCAAAAACUUGUUUAGUUUGUUAUUCCACGUAAAUGCUUCCUUAAAGCCAUUAACUUUACUAAUAAUGAAUUAGAAUAGAACUGAGAAAUGAAAAAUGCUGAAAAGGAAGAUGAUAAUGUAGAAAAAGAAAAUGGUUGCACAAAUAAGAAAAAAGGCAGGGAAUAUGAACGUGAUAAUGGAUUUUCAGAUUGGGGCGGUUAUAAUGCUGCUAAAAGAGCAAAGCUUCUGGAUCAGUUUGAAAACUGUGAAAUCAAACAGAUUUCAAAUAUUUUUCAAGAUAUUGCAAUACAUGUAAAUGGGUUUACUAAACCUCCGAUUGAUGAGUUGAAAAAUCUUAUGGCUGCACAUGGUGGACAAUUUCAUUUGUAUCAACUUUCAACAACUACUCAUAUUAUAGCUUCAAAUCUACCAAAUGUUAAGAUUAAACAUCUUGGAACAACCCCUAUUGUCAAACCAAACUGGAUAACAGAUAGUAUAGAUUUUGGAAAGCUUUUAGAUUAUCGAAGAUAUUUGUUAUAUAGCAAUCAAAGUAAAUCUCAACCAAGAAUCGACUUUCCUAUUUUGAAUAAAGUAUCAAAUGCCAUUUCUAUAAUAGAAGACGUUGAAAUUCAAAAAAAUACUGUAACUGUGAAGCAAGAUGAACUUAAAUCAGAAAAGGAAACUGAUAUUUCAUCUUGUAUUGAUGAUAUUAAUGGUAAUAGAUCAGUUGCUUCCUCUUCUACUGAUAAAAUAGUUUCUUGUAAAAAAUCAGAACAAACUAAGUUGGCUGCAAAAACAGCUUCAGAUCCAAAUUUUUUAGAAGAAUUUUAUAACAAUUCUAGGCUACAUCUUAUUUCAACAUUGGGUGCUGAAUUUAAACAACUUGUUGGCCAACUGAGAGAUGCUUCGGAUGGAAAAUUUCCUGGAACUGAGAAACUGCUAUUGCUCAAAGGACAAAAUAGUUCCCCUUUAAUGUCAAGAUCUGUAAUAAUGCAUAUAGAUAUGGACUGUUUUUUUGUUUCCGUUAGUAUCCGAAAUCAUCCAGAAUUAAAAGGGAAACCAGUAGCUAUUACUCAUGCUCGGAAUGGGCAAAUAACAAAUGUGAAACCUGAACAGAAAGCUAUUAGAGAACAAGAAUUUGCAUUGUAUUCUGAAAGAUUGCCUCUAGGAGUGACUUCCAGAGUAGAACAAAUCGAUAGUUUUUCUAGUAUGUCUGAGAUAGCCAGCUGCAGUUAUGAAGCUAGAAAAUAUGGAAUUAAAAAUGGAACAUUUUUGGGACAGGCUAUUAAAGUGUGUCCCAAAUUAGUUACUCUGCCAUAUGAUUUUGAGGGCAUUAAAGAAGUAUCCCAUAAUUUAUAUAAAACUAUUGCUUCUUACACUCUUGACAUAGAAGCUGUAAGUUGUGAUGAAAUGUAUGUGGAUAUUACUAAAAUUUUACAAGAAACUGGUCUUUCAGUGGAGGAAUGGGCAGUGCAUAUUAGAAAAGAAAUUAUGAAUGUUACAGGAUGCCCUUGCUCUACAGGUUUUGGGGCAAAUAGACUUCAAGCGAGACUAGCAACGAAAAAGGCAAAACCUGAAGGGCAGUUCUAUUUGAAACCAGAUGCUGUAGAACAAUACAUGAUGGAUGUAGCUCUUUCCGAUUUACCUGGUGUUGGUAGGGCCACUUUGGCGAAACUACAUAAAUUAGGGCUAAACAGCUGUGGGGAUCUUCAGUUGGUAUCUUCGAAAAUUCUUCAAAAUGAAUUGGGACAGAAAGCAGGAGAAACUAUCAAACAGCAAUCCAUGGGAAUCGAUACUAGACCUCUAAAUUUUCAUCACGAAAGAAAAUCAGUGUCGGCAGAAGUAAACUAUGGCAUAAGAUUCAAGACUAUAGAAGAAUGUUACAGUUUUAUACAAAAUCUAGCUGUUGAAAUUCAUAACAGAAUAAAUGAUAUCAAAAUGAGAGCCAGAUGUUUAACAUUAAAAUUAUUAGUAAGGGCACCUGAGGCUCCAGUGGAAACCGCUAAAUUUCUUGGACAUGGUAUUUGUGAUAGUUUGACGAAAAGUACGACAUCAAAUGCAAUUCUUAACAAUCCACAAGUGAUAUUUAAUGAAGCUAAGAGCCUGUAUGAAAAAUUGGGAGUAGAUUUUGCAGAUUUGAGAGGUGUUGGUCUUCAGUUGACCAAAUUAGAAAAAAAUGCUCCUAUAAAUAAGGCAUUGAGUAAUUUUCUGAAACAAGAAGUUAAUACAUUGAACCAGUUUGAUAAAAUUAAGGAAUCGACAACAAUUUCUAAUAAAAUAAUAGAUUCGAAACAAAGUGAAAAUACUAAAGGCCUAAAUUCUAAUCUAGAUAGAAAUAUAAUGAAAACAUCAACGGGUGCAAGAAGAGGAAGGCCAAAAGGUAGUAAUAAGAGUACCAAUAAUGGAAACAAGUUAUCAAAAAACGUAAGGAACAAUACAGUUUUGCACAACUAUUUUGAUAAGAAGAAAAGUGUGGAACCUAGAAUCAAACCUACACAGAAUGUGCAUCAUAAAAUUGAUAUAAACGUAUUGAAUGAGUUGCCAGAAGGUUUAAGAGAUGAGAUAAUUAAAGAAUAUAAAUUAAAUUUAAAAGUUAAAGAUAAACCACAAACGAAGCCGGAUAUAAAAAGUAAUAAACAUGUCCAAACAGAAGAUACAGAAAAUGUUACUACUAAAAAUAAUAAAUCUGGAAAUGUGCAAACAUCCCCAUUUAGUAAUCUUACGUGGGAUCAAAUUAAACCAAUAAUUAAAAAAUGGACUGAAUCAGAAGAAAGUCCAAGUGAUACAGACAUUGAGAUGAUAGCUAUACAUUUCAAACUUUUAGCGGUCAACCGACAAAUUGAAAUUUUAAUGAGCGUUUUUAAUUUUUUAUAUAGAAUGUUUGCUUCUUUGAAUUGUAAUUGGCAUCAGGCCUAUUUUAAAAUAGUCAACACAACACAGGAGGGAAUGGUAGCAAGAUAUGGGCACACACUAUUAGUGCAAAGGCAAUUUUCUUGUUGUAAAAUGUGACAGAAAUUGUACAAAAUAAUGCGAAAGCUUGGGAAAUCUUACAAUUAUCAUUAUUUUGAAGUUUGUCAAACAAACAUUAUAUUACAUAAAUUUUUUAACAAUUGCACAUCACAAAUUUAUUUAUAUAUAUAUAUUUUAAUAUAUUUAAUUUUUUAAGAACGGGUUUUUUAUUUAAUAUUAAAUUCUUUACAAAUAAAAUUGAUCAAAUCUAUUGAUUACUGCGUCUUAUCAAGGCAAUCCUAUCCAUGUGCAAAUCACAUAAACCACUUUUUAUUUUGGCGAAAACCGCAAGAAAAUCCGUUCAGUACUUUUUGAAAUUAACGCAAGCUGACAGACGUAGUUGACGUGGAAGUUCUCGAACCAUUGGUAUUGUUUACUUUCAGUCUCUAAAGUCGAUAACUUGAUUUGCGAAACGCGCGUCCGAUCGUGUAAUUGUGAGUGCUGGUGUAGUGUUCAUGUAACAUUGUCAUCAAACGCAGUGGAGGACUUUGUUUUAUUGUAUAUGGUGACAAUGUAUAUCAGGGGUGGGCAAAUACUUUUAAGCCCGGGCGAACAUUUUUCCCCCGGCAUGAGGACCAUACCGCAUAGACUAGGCACACGCAAAUUUUUUGUGUUGAGUUUUUUUCACUGUCCAAAAUAUGUUUCUAGCAGAAACACUAUAAGUAUUAAUUUAAAGCAUUUGGACAGAGAAAUUUGACAGUUUAUAAAUUUAUAUUACUAUUAUCACUUAAUAAUAUUAAAUAAUAAUUUAGAAUAUUUGCAAAAUAACGAACACUAAUCUUAAAAAAAAUGACGAGUAUAUACCAGUGCUAAAUCAAAAUAAAUAGUACGCGAGCUGCGACCAGUUGUCCCUCGAAGAGUUAAAGUAAUGCACGUUCAGAUAUAUGUAAUCAGCCGACCACCUGUUUUGUGAGAGUAUGUAGCAUUGUUGAUUCUAUUAAAAUCGCUUAUAAGAGAUUAAAAAAAUUACAUGCAGGAUUUUUCAACACGCCGGAUAAAGUAAAUAAAAGAGCCGAAUCCCAUCCGAGGGCCGGCUUCUACCCACCCCUGAUGUAUAUCUUCAAAACUACAAUUCUUACAAAAUCAAAAGCAGUAUCUUCCUGGCAUACUUUCAUGUAACGCACUUAUGUGAAAUGUGAACCUAUCAUCCAUUAAGAUUAUGUAAUAGCACAAUCUCCACAUCAAUAUAUAGUGUUAACUAACCUAACCAACCAAUAUGCAUAUUAAGUUCUCAUACUCAUAGUAAUGAGUUAAUACACAACAUUUUAAACGUUUUUUAUUAAUGAGAAGAAUGUAGGUUAAGAUUUUCUGCAUUCUAGUAUGUAAUUACUACAGAACUGAUCUAUUAGUUAUAACUACCCACCAUUAACUACAGUUGCACAGAAUGUUUACAGUCGAACUUUCAAAAUUAUACUAACGAUAUCGCUACAAGGUACCAAGAUUUAUUCCACCCAAAAAUGGCAUUACUAAUCUCAAAGUGAUAUUAAAAAUGGCAACGAUGGAAAAAAUGAUUAUUAUAUUAGUAAGAUUGGCGCGACUUGAAUUCUUAUGGUUUAUUAUCAUUAAGUAAACUAACUACAAUUUUAUGUAUAUUUUAUCGGUCAACGAUUUGAAAGAAAUUGCGUUCCAAUUACGUGGUUAUGCAGUGGAACGGUAAAGGGUUCAAGUUUGACUGAAAUGUACAAAUCUAUCUUUUUUGGUUCUCAAUGUUUUAUUGCAUUUUUUGUCCUCUAUGUUUGAUUUAGAAUAUCUGAAGCUUGCAAUGUCCUUCAAUUUAUACAUCUAUUGGGUGUUUUUCAUUAAAUGACUAUUGUUAAAUAACUUUUUUCCUUUUAUGAUUGUUGAAUUGAACCAAUAGCAGAGUGCUGAUCAAGUCUUAUAUGAAUUUAAUGAAUCACUCUAAACCUGCCUCUCUCAAAUGGGUUUCUAUCAACCUACAAUCAGGACAAAGGGUUUUUUGUUGAAGUGAAUAAAGAAAAACACUACAUGCAAAAGUUAAAAAAUAAUAAUUUGAGAAGUCUCUACAUGAUUAAUUCAUUUUGAUUCUCUAAUUCAACUACUUUUUAUGAUGUAAAUGAAAAAAAAAACAACAAAGGAUUACUU